AUGCGCCCCCAGCUCGACCGCAUCGCCCGCUCCAAAGGAACCCCCUUCCAAAAGCGCGUCCUAACCCUGCUCUGCCAAGUGCCCCGCGGCCGCGUGACGACCUACGGCCUCAUGGCACAACACCUGGGCUCUUCCGCACGCGCGGUUGGGGGCGCGAUGCGGCGGAACCCGUUCGCGCCAAUGGUGCCGUGUCACCGUGUCGUGGCUUCGGGAGGAGGGUUGGGUGGGUUCAAAGGGGCUUGGCCGAAGGAUGGGGAGGGCAUCACGUUGGUGGAGAAGAGGCGGCUGCUCAAGGAAGAGGGGAAUCGGUUUGAUGGGGAGGGGAGGGUUUUGGGCACGCCUUUUGAAGGGUUUGUUUGA